GUAUAUAUAAAGUAAACUGAAACUGUUUAGGACACUUAAAGCUGGUGAUCAUGGUUCUACUCUCUGUAGCUGGAAUAAUAUUCACAUUCCUGGCGCUCAUCUCCAUAGGGGUCUUCAAAUUCAAGCAUUUAGUCAACCUUGAGAUAUCAGUAUUUUUGCUUCUACUAGCCGGGAGUAGUCUCGUGGUGGCAAGUAUGCCACUUUCUAUGGAAUUGGCAAUGGAGGUUUGUUAUCCUGCAGCUGAAUGCGUGGUGGGGGGUUGGAUCUCCAUUUGGUUUAACAUCAGUAGUGUCGUUUUCCUUUCCUUAUUUAAUAUUCCAGGUUUAGGAACCUCCUGGUUGGAUUAUGUUCUGCCGAUCUCUUGUUUUCUUGCCCUGCCUUUCUUUGCGUUGAUUAGAGUUGACUACAAACGAACAGCAGUUGAUAACAUGGGUUACCAACAAGUUCAAUGAUUUAUGGAAGAUCAUUGGUAUGGAAGAUCAUUGAUCAGAUCAUUGAAGAGGAAGAUCAUUGAUCAGAUCAUUGAAAUGGAAGUUCAUUGAUCAGGACAUUGGAAUGGAAGAUCAUUGAUCAGAACAUUGGAAUGGAAGAUCAUUGGAAUUGAAAAUUCAUUGAUCAGAUCAUUGGAAUGGACGAUCAUUUAUCAGAUCAUUGGAAAGGAAGAUCAUUAAUCAGAACAUUGGAAUGGACGAUCAUUUAUCAGAUCAUUGGAAUGGAAGAUCAUUGAUCAGAUCAAAUUUGUAUGAAAGAUCAUUGACCAGAUCAUUGGAAUGGAAGAUCAUUGAUCAGAUCAUUGGAAUGAAAGAUCAUUGACCAGAUCAUUGGAAUGGAAGAUCAUUGACCAGAUCAUUGAUCAGAACAUUAAAAUAGAACAAAACAAAAUUGAAGAUUUGACUUUUAAUGACGACCUGAAACUUUCACCUUGGAUUUUAGAAGAUCUACAAAAUAAGACUGAUCAUAAAAUCUAUGAAAUCUCUUCUUCAAGGGGUUCUGUCGACGUAAAAUCAAGGAACCCGACAUUUUAAGAAACAUAUUAAUUUCACAAAGCUAUCAAUAAUCAUUUUCUUAUUAUAAAUAACGUGUCUUCCUUGUUUUUCUAUAUGAAAAUGAUUAUUUUCAAUUCUCUAUACUUAGAGAAU